GAAAGAGGAACUGAUUGUCUGAGGGAGACAUUCAUCAGACUCCAGUGGGAUACCCGGCGCCCCUCCUCUUUUAAAUCCUAACCCAGCAUUCCUGUACACCUCGCCGAACCGUGCAGUGAGUGAACCGGGUCACACCGUACAGAGGACUCUGCAGAGCGACAUGGAGGAUUCAGCCCCCAGACCAGGAGAGAAGAAAGUGGUGGCAGUGGUGGGCGGUGGUUUGCAUGGUCACCAGUCUUUUCGUCUUUGAGGUGGGGGCCCUGAACGCCUGCUUCUUCGCCAAGAGAGGCUUUCAGGUGGAGGUCUACGAAACGAGAGAAGAUAUCCGGUGUGCCGACGUGGUGCGAGGCAGAAGCAUCAACCUGGCCUUGUCCCACAGAGGCCGGCAGGCCCUGAAGCACGUGGGGAUGGAGGAGAAGAUUGUUUCCAAGGGAAUCCCGAUGAACGCGAGGAUGAUCCACGCGCUGAGUGGCAAACAGUCUCCGAUCCCGUACGGGAAGAAAGGCCAGUACAUCCUGUCUGUUGACCGGGCCAACCUGAACAAAGAGCUGCUAACAGAGGCAGAAACGUAUCCAAACACAAAGCUGAACUUUGACCACAAGCUGCAGGACUGGAGUGCUGAAACGGGACUAAUGACCUUCGCCAGGCCGGAUGGAUCCAAGACCCAGGUUCGAGCUGAUCUGAUCGUCGGCUGUGACGGAGCGUUCUCCGCCGUUCGCAAGCAGUUCCUGCGCCGCAGCCGCUUCAACUACAGCCAGACGUACAUUCCUCACGGAUACAUGGAGCUCACCAUGCCGCCCAAACACGGAGAGUUUGCUAUGAAGCCAAAUUAUCUGCACAUCUGGCCAAGAAACACUUUCAUGAUGAUCGCUCUCCCCAACCUGGACAAGACUUUUACUUGCACCCUUUUCAUGCCCUUUGAAGAGUUUGAGAAGAUCACCACAGGAGACGAAGUCAUCGAGUUCUUCCAGAAAUACUUCCCCGACGCCAUCCCGUUAAUCGGAGCCGAUGCCCUCAAGAGGGAUUAUUUCCGCCUGCCCGCGCAGGCCAUGGUGUCCGUUAAGUGCUCCCCAUAUCACAUCGGUGACAAGUGCGUCCUCAUGGGGGACGCGGCCCACGCCGUGGUGCCCUUCUACGGCCAGGGGAUGAACGCCGGCUUCGAGGACUGCAUUGUGUUCGACGAAAUAAUGAAUCGGUUCAACGAGGAUUUCGGUGCUGUGCUGCCUGAGUACACGCGGGUGCGAGUUCCAGACGACCACGCCAUCGCAGACCUGGCCAUGUACAACUAUGUGGAAAUGCGAGCGCAUGUCAACUCCAAAUGGUUCAUUUUCAGGAAACAUGUGGAUAAUCUUCUUCACCUCCUCAUGCCAAAGACCAUAAUUCCCCUUUACACCAUGGUCACUUUCACAAGGACCAGAUACCAUGUAGCUGUGGAGCGCUGGCAUUGGCAGGACAAAGUGAUAAACCGUGGCCUGCUUGCUGGAGCCGUGGGAGCUGUUUUCGGAGGUUCCUAUCUGCUCGUUAAAAAUCCCCCAAAUAUCAACAAGCUUGCCGUCGCCGCAGAGAAAAUCUGGAACAAGCUUGCAGCUCUCAGUACCCCCCUGAGUGUUGGCACCCCCUCUCAGAUCUGACAGACAGGUGCUACAACUGGAGCGCCAGAACACGGGCAUGAACUGAGGGGCGUCCAAAUUUAAUUAGAUGUUCAUCAAACCGCCCGGUUCUGAGCCAGCGAAGUUCGUGUUCUGUCAGAAUGGCUGACUCAAUGCGAACCGGGGUAAAUUAUGUUAUAUCAGCGAUCUGGCAGCUGUUGUUUGACAGGAGCAGCAUGGCGGUGGACUUAAGAUCUGAUUAAUUAAGAAGUUUGAGUUAAAAGAUGUGCAGAGAUUUCACGCAUGUACGUCUGUAGUGUUUUCACACAUUAAAUCGAAUGUUUGCUCGCCUCAUUGUCGCUGCACCUCAUGGUUUUAUAGCGCCAUCACUCACCAUUUGCUUUUAUUUUACACAAUAAAGUUGCUGUACGUUGUG